GGCACAAAAGUCCGGUUCCCGCAUGCCCUUGUCAUGACGCUUUUGUUCCGCAACGGCAGCGCCAAGGACAAGAUCGUAGCAAUCCUGAGUGCCACCAGGCAGCACGCGCGCGGACUCGCAUUCUUUGUGACCAUCUACAAAUCGCUGAUGCUUUUGCAGCGCAAGAUGGCGGCAUCGGGCAAGAAUACCGACCUGCACACGUUUAUUGCCGGGUUCAUUGGCGGCUACUUUGUGUUUGGCGAGAAGACCAGCGUCAACCAGCAAAUCAUCUUGUACCUGUUUUCGCGCGUAGCAAUGGGCCUGGUCAACACAAUCAUGAAGAACACCAACACGCAGGCGCCGCCAAAGUCGUUUGCCCUGUUCGCAGCGCUGUGCUGGGGUAUUGUCAUGGUGCUGUUCCGCCGCGACAAGUCGACACUGCAGAACUCGCUGAAGAACUCGAUGACAUAUUUGUAUGAGGAUUCGAACAGCUGGACGUCGCUGAAGACACUGCUGUGGCACAACAAGUAAGCGGAGAGGCUGGAAAUCAGUGUUCUGAUUGGAGAAUAACGGCUGUGUGGGUCGCUGGCGGGUCUGCGCUCACACUUAGUCUAAUUAGUUCAAUAGAAACU